GGACUCAACUUCGAAGCCAUGGCUACAGCAGACGACGAUGAGAGGGAGGAGGAGUUGGGCUCUUUGGCCGCCAUAUAUCCUGAGCUCGUUCUCGAUCCAAGCGAUGCUUUCACUGCGACUCUUGAACUCCCUGUAGCGCCUACGAAUCCGCUUCUCGUUCGAUUCGUUCCGACUUCUUCGACUAUGAACGGCGAUGCGCCAACGAGCUAUGCCAACGCCGCCGCCUACAUCGAGCACGACAUUUCAUUCCUGCAUAUGCCAUCCCUCACCCUACAUUUGACACUGCCGUCGAAUUAUCCGAAUGGAGCCCCGCCAACGGUCAGACUGUCGAGUCAUUUAAAUUGGCUACCGAAAGAGAAGCUGGACGAGUUGGAGCGAGAGGCUGCGAGUCUUUGGGAAGAGUAUGGGAGGUGUCAGAUCCUUUUCGCGUACAUCGACCAUCUCCAGCAGGCGGCAGAGCGUGGCUUUGAUCUCGACCAGGGUCCGGAAGGAUGUAUGGUACUGCCAGUGACCAAGGAGUCGGGUCUGGUAGAUUUCGACAACAGGACAACACAAGCCAGCUUUGACUCUGGCACGUACGACUGCGGCAUAUGCCUCGAUCCAAAGAAAGGUGCCAAAUGCUACCGCAUGAAACGCUGUCAUCACGUUUUCUGUCGGUCCUGCUUGACUGAUGUGUACAAUAACGCCAUCAAAGAGGGAGAUGUGGCGCAGGUGAAAUGCCUGGAGCCAGGAUGUGCUGCCGAGAAGAUGGGUGCGAACGGCAAGAUGCGAAAGCGGAAGACGGAGCGCACUGUACAUCCUCGAGAAUUGCUCGCCAUGGGCGUGGAGGAGAGUGUCGUACGGAGAUACGUUGAGAUGAAGCGCAAGAAGAAGCUGGAAGCCGAUAAGACAACGAUUUAUUGUCCGAGGCCAUGGUGUCAGGGUCCGGCCAAGAAUCCGAAGUACAAGCCCAUUCCAGCCGAUCUCACGGCUUACAUCGCCGACGAGGUUCCUUCGGACGUGGACAGCGAUGUUGAGAAUGGCGCUGCUGGACCGGACGCGACUAACGCCGCGCCAGCGACGAAUAAGAGCAAUAUCCCUCCAGAUCCGAAUGACAGACUUGCCGUAUGCGAGAAAUGCACAUACGCAUUCUGCAAAGUCUGCUACGCAGGCUGGCAUGGCCCUUUCGCCCGCUGCUACCCUCGCGAUCCGAGCGAGCUAUCCGCGGAAGAGAAGGCCAGCUACGAUUACAUUCGACUCCACACCUCACCCUGCCCGUACUGCAGCGCACCAGUGCAAAAGACCAUGGGUUGCAACCACAUGAACUGCUUCAACUGCAAUACGCACUUCUGCUAUCUCUGCGGAUCAUGGCUGGACAGCCAGAACCCAUAUCAGCACUUCAACAAAGGCGGCUCGCCUUGUUUCCAACGACUCUGGGAAUUGGAAGAAGGCGAUGAAGGUCAAGGACCUGAAGAUGGGCGUGGUUUCGGCGGUGGUCGGGCAUGGGAGCAGAUGGCGAUCGAAGCGGCGAGGGCAGCGGAUGAAGCAGAAGCUGAACAGGCGGCUGCUCAAGCUCAGGCGGAGGAGAACGAGCGCGCUGUACCGUUGUUUCCUGCUGCGCCUGAGCCUCCGGCUGUUCAGGAGCCGCUGCGCGGACGAGGACGUGGACGCGGUCCCCGUGGUGGACGAGGAGAUGCCGCUGGUCGGGUUCGACUGCGACUGGCACAGCCGGCUGGGAACGGCCAAGAUGAUCAAGACUGGGUGCAGCUGGAUCUUGGGCGAUUUUUGGAAAUGGCACGAAAUGACGAAGAGGACGACUGGGACUCGGACGAAUUGGGUGAC